AUGGCAACAUGUACUGUGGCUCUUACCGCAAUCGACUCUAGUUCACGGCAAUCACUGGAAUACAGCAGCGCCAACCAAUCUCCCGAAUCCGAUGAUGAAGCUCCACGAAUGUCUCUCCUCCGCAAACUGGCGGUUAUUAUACAGCUCUCAGGCGUCAACUUCGCUUCGAGCGCUGUGAAUGGUCUUGUCGUCGUUGGCUUACCUACCAUCACCGCCGAUCUCAAACUGGAUCCGUCACUGGCUUUUUGGCCAACUUCAGUCUCCAGCUUGGCAAACGCUUCCACAAUCCUCCUCGCUGGCUCUGUAGCAGACUCAAUAGGACCGCGACCUGUCAAUAUUGCCGGUGGUGUAGUGACGGGUGCAUUCAUACUAGCCGCAGGUGCGUGCAAAACAGGCCCUCAGCUCAUCGUGAUGCGUGCCUUGCAGGGUAUCGGCUACGCCAUGCAUCUGGUGUCGUCUGUCGCUAUUGUAACCCAUACACUUCCACGUGGAAGGCCGCGCAAUUUUGCCUUCUCCUGCCUUGGUCUUAGCCAGCCGUUGGGCUUCUCGUUCGGCCUGGUUCUGGGAGGCAUCCUUCAAGAUCUCAUUGGUUGGAGGGCAGCUUGGUACAUAUAUGGAGGCCUGACCCUUGCACUCUCUGUCGUCGCCGCUUGGGCUUUGCCAAACUUCCAGAAUGAAGGAACAUUCAAGGGUACUAUGCGCAAUUUGAAAGUGCGAGUGGAUUGGGUUGGGGCAUUGCUUGCCUCUAUCUUCAUGACAUUGCUAUCAUACCUCUUUGCGAUCCGAGACCCAAAGAGUAUCGUGUUCAUUUGCUUAAUCGCUAUGUCAUUGCCCUUGUUUGUUGGCUGGGUCCAUCGUCAAGUCAAACUGGGUAAACCAGCACUCAUUCCGAAUGCUCUAUGGAAAGACACGGCAUUUUCUAGCAUUUGUGGUACAGUGGCUCUUUCUUUUGGUGUGACGACGUGUAUGGAGCUUUUUGCCAGUUUAUUUUUCCAAGAAGUCCAGCACCUUUCUCCUCUUCAGACUGGUCUCAGAAUCAUGCCAAGUCUGCUCGUAGGAGUUGCUCUUAACGUCACUACAGGCUUAUUUGUCCACAGAGUGCCUGCGCUGUGGAUCGUGACUGUGUCUUCCAUCAUUUGUUCAGUAGCACCCCUUCUCAUGGCAGUAAUUAAAGUGCAAUCCCCGUACUGGGCCAACGCCUUUAUUGCACAGGUGCUAGCGCCUAUGAGCACCGAUGUUCUCUUCACAGUAGGCCUCAUUAUUAUUUCGGACAACUUUCCCGAUAACACGCAGGCAUUGGCGGGCGCUGUGUUUAACACGGCAAGCCAACUGGGCCAGGCUCUUACCUUGGGCAUAAUGCAAAUUGUCUCAACACUUGUGACAAAGGAUUACAGCGACAAGAUUCUGCCAAUGGCUAGGCUGGAGGGCCUGAGAGCGAGCUUUUGGACCAUGUUUGGCUUCAUGAUGUUAUGUACUUUAUGGGGUGCAAUUGGUCUACGGAAUACUGGAAGAGUUGGAUUAAAGCGUGAUUAA